GUAUAACUACGUAAACUAUCAUCCGAUUCAAGUCAGUGAUUAUUAACCUACCUGGUAGGUACCUGAGUAAGUUCUCGAACCUCCUUCCUUAAGCAGCGAUCGGACUCCAAAUAAGUUUCUCCAAAAACGCCCCGAGAGGGGAAUGUCAUCGCUGAGCCGUGUCCCAAACUCUACCGAUGUCGUGCGAUCCGAACACAGUCAGAUGUAGCCGGUACCCCGCAUCCGAGGGCGUUGGAAUGCAGCGCCGUUGCCCAAUCACCAGAGCUGCAUGGGUUGUCGUUGAUAACGACCUGCAGGUUGGUCUGUGAUGCCCGCGUUGUCUAGGCCACGGGUUGUGGCGUCGUAUCUGCGAAGGGAUGAAGGGUUGUAACGUUGCGGGGUAUAUGUAUGUGUCUAUUACGAGCUGCUGGGUAAUUAUCUUAUUCGACGGCAGCUCGAGUUUUGUGAUGCUCUAGCGCACUGAGGCGUAAACAAAGAGGAUUUAAUGGAUUACUUCCUAACCCCGCGAUAAGAGACAAAGCCACUUCGGGAAUUCCUCAGACUGCUGCAACAUGGCGAAAGCUAAGGAGGACGGCAGGCAAUCGCCUCGAGUAGAAGGGGAUGAGAAAACAGAAACGGAAAUGCGACAGGAGGUGGUCAGUGAUGAGAAGCAUGACUCCGAGAAGGGGCUCGGAAAUGAAACUUCAAGGGAGGGCGAACAAUAUACGCAAAUCGACCCGGCCAUCGCUACUCGCAUUGCAGAAAAUGUUGACGAUUUUAUGAGACUCGUGAACGAAGCAAACGAAGCGAAUGAGAGGGAGCGGGACAUGAAAUUGUCUCACGCCUUCAAGGUUUACCCAAAAGCAAUAGCCUGGUCUAUGAUUCUGUCGUCGUGUCUUAUAAUGGAAGGGUUUGGUACCGCAAUCGUUGGGUCUUACAUUUCAUAUCCUCCUUUCCGGGAUAAGUUUGGCACUCAAGCCCCUAACGGAGAUUACCAAAUACCUGCGAGUUGGCAGAAUGGUAUCGCAGGCGCAACUAAUGUUGGCGAAAUCAUUGGUCUUCAGAUUGCCGGCGUGUUGUGUGAACGUUGGGGUUAUCGGUAUACACUCAUCUCCGCGUUAGUCGCUGUGACGGCGUUUAUAUUCUUCCCCUUCUUUGCCAAUAGCCUCGCUGUUUUUCUCGUCGGCGAGUUAUUUCAGGGGAUGGCGUGGGGUGUUUUCCAGACCAUGACGGUGGCCUACGCAGCCGAAGUUUGCCCCGUGCCCCUGAGACACUACCUUACAACCUAUGUCAACCUCUGCUGGAUUAUCGGCCAGUUUAUAUCGUCCGGCGUGCUCGUUGGGCUUGAAGGUAGACAGGACGAAUGGGGGUAUAAAAUCCCGUUUUCUUUGCAAUGGGUCUGGCCUAUUCCCAUCGGCAUUGGUACAUUUCUUGCACCAGAAUCGCCAUGGUGGUGUGUUCGGCAUGGUUACAAAGAACGAGCAGAAGUGUCGUUGAAAAGACUAGCCCGUAGCUCUGGGUUUUCUCAACGUGACGCUGAUGCGGCAAUGGCUUUGAUGAUAUACACGGACGAGAUGGAGAAACAACUUUCUGAGGGGACAACGUACUGGGACUGUUUCAAAGGCAUCGAUCUCCGGCGGACUGAGAUUGUCUGUUUUAUUUGGCUUGCUCAGACCAUGUCGGGAACUGCCGUCGGUGGUCUUUCGUCUUACUUCUUCCAACAGGCCGGCAUCUCGGAUGCGGAUUCGUUCAAGCUUGGUUGGGGCCAGAAUGGUCUUAACUUUGUCGGGACGGUUGCGACUUGGUUCAUCCUAAACAAGGCCGGAAGGAGGACGUUAGUGCUUUGGGGUAUGAUCAUGAUGUUUAUCUUGUUGCUAAUUACGGGCUUCAUGGGCAUCCAUAACCCGCCCAGCACUGCCGAAGCUUGGACAGCUGGGGCGAUGGUCAUCCUCUUGAGCGCUACGGCCAACUUCUCCAUCGGCCCCGUAGUCUACACCAUCGUAUCCGAGAUUCCAUCGACACGGCUGCGCGCCAAAUCCAUAAUUCUCGCGCGGAAUGCGUACAACGCGAUCAACAUCGCUUUCAUCAACGUCGUCUCAUACCGGCAGCUAAACCCCGCUGAGUGGAACUGGGGGCCAAAGGCCGCUUUCUUUUGGGCCGGGACCAAUGCCAUCUUUACGGCGUGGAUAUUCUUUCGAUUACCCGAGACGAAGGGGCGGACUUAUGCCGAAUUGGAUAUUCUAUUCGAAAACAAAGUACCCGCUCGUAAAUUUGCCAGCACCAAAAUUGACAACUUGGUCCAUGGCACCGAAAGCGCACAAAAGGAACAAGUCGACCGUAUUAUUAGCAACGUAGAGAGCAGGACCGAGAUACGCGAGUAGACAAGCCAAGGUAGUCAUUUGAUGGCGAUGGUGAACAUUGAUAGCGAUCGAAAGGCUGGAAAUAAAACCUAUUGAAAUUGAUAAGCUUUUAUCUGGCCGUUACAAAAGAUAGAUAUUG